AUGGGCUUUGCGCCUCUCCUGUUUGCCUCUUUGAUGUCGCUCGCCGGUGUGUGCUCCGGAGGCUCGGACGCGCCCCGGGGCGUCGCGGUCGGCUUCGUCUUUGACCUGAAAGCGAAGUGCGAGCCGCCGUGCGAACACGCCGGAGUCUGCAUCCGCAACAACACAUGCUUCUGCUCCCGGGGCUACGAAGGAGAGACCUGCCAGUAUGCCAACUGUUAUCCCAAAUGUAAAAAUGGAGGAAUGUGUCUUCGCCCUGGAAAAUGCAGAUGUCCUCCUGGAUUUGGAGGAAGAUAUUGUCACAAAGUGACGUGCGAUGGGGGAUGUUGGAACGGAGGAGAAUGCACCGCUGUCAAUGGCGUGGCCAAGUGUAUCUGCCCUUCAAGCUGGGCCGGAUCAAAAUGCCAAGAGGCAAUGUGUCCCCAGGGCUGCAGGAAUGGAGGGCUGUGUGUGGCUCCAGGAAUCUGCAGCUGUGCGGAGGGAUGGUUGGGUGGUGCCUGCCAUAUGGCUGUAUGUAGUCAGCCCUGCUUGCACGGAGGGAAGUGCAUUUCUCCCAACAAAUGUCGCUGUCGACCUCCUUUCUCUGGACCUCGCUGCGAGGAGAGGAAAAAGUCCCACUAGUGCACAAGGAUCAAACAAGGUUGUGGGGGUGAUUAUGUUUUUAUACUGGGACGUAGUUAGUUUUACAGCAACUGUGUGGAAAAGAUGCAUGUAGCCACUAUGAUGUCACCCUUAAAGUUAGUGAAGACCCGUCUUGGGAGUUUUAAGAACAGGCUGGAAACACCAUAAAACGUACCCUCUUUCUCACCUAUUUUACUGUAAAUGUGAACAUAACUUGCAAAUUUAACAUCAUGCUGUAGUCAAUAAAUGUUUUUUUAUAGACUUAUAUACAGUCAGACCGUGGGAUUUGUGGUCUCAGUGAUCUCUUUUAAAAAGCAGCUAAGAAGUCAUCUUUUCAAACUUCCU